AUGAAGCUUCAAGCUUUUGAACUUCCCUUAGGCAAACCUCAAACAAGAAGAAAAACACCAAAUUUUGCUCCACUUGUAGCCCUAACAGUGCUUUUAACAAUCCCUUUAUAUUACCCCUUUAUAAAACAAUCUCACAGAAAAAUAUCUGAAGCUUGGCAUUCAUAUGAAUCUUUAGAGGAUUCUGUUACACCAAAUAUUGAUUUAGACCCUCCUCCUAAGGAGAAUAAUCAAGAUUGUUCCCUGGAAGUUGAUGCGCUGCGGUGCAAUCCUAGUGAAGGCGGGACCAUCACCAAAAGGGAUGAUGUGGACGUGGAGGCAACUCUAAAAUUUAAUGAAGAAGAGUCAGAGGCUAAGAACUUGCCAGAAGAAAAUCAAAUAACAAAGGAAACUUCAAAGUUUAAUGAAGAUGAAUCAGAGGCUAAGAAUUUGCCGGAAGAAAAUCAAGAAACGAAUCCACCGCCACCACCAAGCUCCGCUAAAGGCAACCUGGCUGCCCACCGCGAGAAGAUGGAUAGAAAAAGACCAGGUAAGGGUAGAAGGAGGAAGUCUAGACGCUCCACCCCUCCAAAAGUUACGAAAGAAAAAUUGAAGAGAUCGUCAAGUAAUAGUAAAAAUGAUCUUAGCAUGGUACGAUCAGAAGUGUUAGAUUAUAAAAAUUGUGAUUUAUUUUCUGGGGAAUGGGUGCCAAAUCCUGAGGGUCCAUAUUAUACAAAUAUGACAUGCAAUGCAAUUCAGGAGCAUCAAAAUUGCAUGAGAUUUGGUAGGCCUGAUGAAGGAUUUCUCAAGUGGAAGUGGAAACCUGAUGGCUGUGAAUUGCCUAUAUUUGAUCCUCAUCAAUUUUUGGAACUUGUUAGAGGAAAAUCAAUAGCCUUUGUAGGAGACUCCGUGGCAAGAAAUCACAUGCAGUCUUUGAUUUGCCUCCUGACUAGGGUUGUGUACCCUGUAGACUUUUCAGAUGCGUCAGAUGAAAACAAGCGGUACGAGUACAUAGACUACAACUUCAACAUAUCCAUGUUCUGGUCACCUUACUUGGUAAAAACAGAGAAAACCAAUCCCAAAGAUGUUACACGCCCUUUCAAGCUAUUUCUUGAUGAGUUUGAUGAACACUGGACUAGCAAAAUCCAAGAUUUUGAUUACGUAAUAAUCUCUGCCGGGCACUGGUUCUUCCGUCCUACCUACUUCUACCUCAACCGCCGCCUCGUUGGCUGCCUCUAUUGUCCUGAGGACAACAUCAGCCACCUGACUUCAUACUUCAGCUAUCGCCGGGCUUUCAGAACGGCGUUUCGGGCUAUAAACAAAGGGAAAAAUCCCAAGGGCACAACGUUUCUUAGAACGUUUGCACCGUCACACUUUGAAGGCGGGCUAUGGGAUAAAGGCGGAGAUUGUGCUAGGACAAGGCCAUUCAAAAGGAAUGAGACAGUUUUAGAGGAUUAUAGUUUGGAAAUGUAUAUGAUUCAAUUGGAGGAAUUAAGGAUUGCACAGAAAGCAGGGAGAAGAAACGGGUUGAAAAUUAGGUUGUUUGAUGCGACAAACCCUAUGUCAUUGAGACCAGAUGGACACCCAAGUAAAUAUGGACAUUGGCCUGUGCCAAAUGUGACAUUGGUUAGCGAUUGUGUCCAUUGGUGUUUGCCUGGACCAAUUGAUUCUUGGAAUGAUUUCUUGCAAGAGUUGAUGAAAAGGGAAAUACCGAAAUUAGAUAGACUUUUACCUUUUAUUUAA